GCCCACAAAGACCCCCGGCUCCUGCAGAUCACAUGCUCAAUUGAUGCGGCACGAGUUCGAUUCUCACAGUGCAUUUUAUUUAACUGGUUGCAUAUAUUAUUGUGCGGCGUCCCUAGUUAUUGUGUAGCGUUCCGGGGAGUUAUGGGUGCGUAUUUUUCAAUUGAAUGGUCUUUGGUUCAAGGCUGAGGCUCACUGAUACCUAUUAUAAACAUCUUUUUCUUGCUCACGGCCCCCAUCUCCUAAUGAUGAUAUUCGGGCUUGGGACUUUGAUGAUGAAGGUGGAACUGGAGAUUCUAUUUCUCCAAGGAGCGCAAAGCAAACCUUAAGCGCUGCUUCGAAGCACUUUGAAUGGUAUGGCACCUGGCCUGGCUAAGGCUCUGGAGCCUGCUUUAUCCUUGAUUGAGCAAGCAGGUAGCCACAUUCACAUUCACAAAGAGAAAAGGAAAAGUCAAUGCAUUUAUAAAGAUACAAAUAUCUAUACAAUGUUCAUGGAUUGAACAUAUUUAUCCCGCUUGUUUGAGGUGCGCGCCACGCGGCCUGAAUCGAACCCGCCGCCGAUCAAUGUGGCACGUGAUCUGCAGGAGCCGGGGGUCUUUGUAGGCCUGUCCAGCGGGUGGACCCGAGUGAGAGCGGUUGGUGCAAUGCGCAUCGCGGCAAUGGAGCGAGCACGCAGCCGAUUCACCCUCUGGCUCGCGACAAGGAAGCCCUCGCAUCACUAGGGACGGUCCAAGCCCAAGCGCUAAUCAGAGGCUGGGUC